UUCAUUAUUUUUCAUUAUUUCGUAUCGCUGGCAUCGCUGCCGAGAUCUCCGAUCGCUGGGCCUGAAAAUUUUUACAAAAAAAAUUUUUCACUGGCUGGUAUUUUUAGAAAAUUCUGAAAGCGGAAAGUUCGGGCUGUGUGAUGUGUCUGGGAAUGGAAUCCUGAAAAUAUUCAGAAACGGCCGAAAAACAGGAAAAUACGGUUUAAUUAAAAGGUCUUUUUAGGGAUUUGCAUAAGAUUCGCAUCGCUGGUGACCCAAUGUGUUCCACUUCGGUGCUGUGUCCGUUGUGCGCGGUGCCCAGCUUCGGCAGCAUCGAUGCACUGCAGCAGCGCCUGAUCAAGGCGGCCAAUGGACCCUUGGCCUGUCCUUUCGCCAACUGCAAGGAGAUGUUCCUUGGACUGGACAAGCUUACCAUCCACCUGUUCACGCACACCAGUCUCAUGAGGAAUGAUUCCCCCACCAAUGUCCAGACGCCAGUGGUAACCACUUCUCCUAAUCCGUUGCAGGGUGCUACCCCCAAGAGAAGGGGAAAACGCGCCAAGGCCAAGCCUGUGGAGCCUCCUCACCCACCUGUUGCAUCGACUCCCCCCGCCAGCUGCGACAUAUGCGAGUUUACUUUCCGGAACACCGAACUAAGGGACAUGCACUUCCGAUUGGUUCACGAGAAUGCGGAUUCGGAACAGCUCGAAACGCAAAAACAACAGGAUGAGGCGGAACAAGAGCCGUAUAAGUGUCACCUCUGCUCGAAGACUUUUCGCAUGAAGGGCUCUCUUAGAAUCCACCUGAAGGUGGUACACACCAUGGGCUUGACCUGCUCCGGCCUUAGUCCCACCGUCACCUCCAUCACCUCAGUCAGUCCAUCCACCAAAGUCAGCAUUUGCGAUCGCAUCCGGCACACAGAGACGCCGACCACUACCAAUAGCAAUAUAAGCACUGUCUCCAGCACCCAACCAUAUGCAUUGAGUGUUGCCCUGAGUAUGCUCCAGCAGUCGCCAGAGUCACCGGAAACCGGAAAUGCCACACCGAAGCUAUGGGAGUGCGACGUGUGCAGCAAGUCCUUCACUACCAAGUACUUUUUGAAGAAGCAUAAGCGGCUCCAUACAGGCGAGAUGCCGUACACGUGUGAGAUAUGCGCCAGAACCUUCACCUUCCAGCAGUCGUACCACAAGCAUUUGCUCUAUCACAGCGAGGUGAAACCGCACGUCUGCAUUGUCUGUGGAAGGGCCUUCAAGGAGCUAUCCACGCUCCACAACCACCAGAGGAUCCAUAGCGGGGAGAAGCCCUUCAAGUGCGAGGUGUGCGGUAAGUGCUUCCGUCAACGAGUGUCCUUCUUAGUCCACACACGCAUCCACACCGGGGUUAUGCCCUACAAGUGCGAUCUGUGCCACAAGACGUUCAGAUACAAGGUCAGCCAGCGCACUCAUCGCUGUCCUACGGAAGAGGCCCAGACUCCGGAGCAGCUGAUUAACGCCUUCCUGGAGGGCAGCGACACGCCCACUCAGCCUUCGCCGGCCAGUGUGGAGAUAGCCACCAUUAACGCCAGCUCGAUGGCCGAUCCGGAGCAGGAGGCCAUGUACUCACAGACCAUUGACGACAUUGUGGUGGAGCAGUGCCAGAAGCUGGGCAUCUGCAAUGUGGCCCAUCCGGAUACCCAGCCGCAGGCGCAGUUUGUGAAACUAGAGCCAGCUGUGGUGGUGGUGCCAUACAAUGGAACUAUUUCCCCACUGCAGCAGCUUCAAAAUCUAAAACUCUAUUCGCCGCAGCAACAGUCCGACGUACCCUGCUCCGAUGGCGAGGCUUUUCAACGUUUUCUGAUGGACGCCACGUAGUCACGACCGCUCGCUAUUUACAUAGAUACUCCAUUUACACCUCGUUUUAAAUCCAAUUCCUAUCAAGAAAUCAAGUUCCACAGAAAAAAGGCAACAUCCAGGGUAUCCUGCCAAGCAUGAUCUAAAUUGUUACAAUUUCAUCCAGAAAAUAUUUCUAACCGAAAUCGAAUCAGGAAGUGUAGCCUCAAUCUUUGUGUGAAAAUUGCUAUUAGUUCGACUCUUAGGCAGUAAGUUUGAAACCCAAAUUGGUUCAAUUACAAUAUGUUUUAUUGUGAA